UGCUUGUUUUUUUUUUUCCUCCUUAGACCUACCAGGAUGCGUAUCCGUAGCAUUUUGUCAAUUGAAAAAAAAAAAAAAAAAAAAAAAAAAAAAUGGUACCUCUUUGUUCCUAUUUAGGGAAGGUUCACUGCCCGAUUGGCGGGGGAAAGGGCAAGGGCUGAACUCCCCCCAACCAGAUCAGAAGCUGUGCUCUGUGUACGAUGUGUGCAAGGUGGUGUGGAUGAAAUUGUGUUGCCUGGGUUUGUUAGUUGAUUUGCUCUUGUGGGCAUCCAUUUUGGACAAGAUUUUCCUCCACUUGUUCAUUUGGCUGCGUUUUUUUUUAACUCUUUUUUCAUGCUCGUGACUUUACCCCCGGGUUUGUACUAGUUCUAGUCUACGUGGUAGCAUAUCUUUUUCUGGAAAGAGAAAGAGAAAAAAAAAACCGGGCUACCCAUCUACCUUGCCGUCCGUUCGCCCAUUGUUUCAAGAUCAUCACAACAGACGAGACAUUCAGAGUUGGAUCGUGGUACAUUUUCACCCAAAAGAGUCAAACAAGGUCCAUUCACAAAGGCCCGCUCAACAUUCGGACUUGCAUGCAGUUAGCUAAGUAGCUUGACAAGCUUUCGUGUUUGGUAGGGUUUAACCGACCUUACUCACCCGAGCUCGAUACCUUGUAAAUCCCAGCUUUACUGUCUAAUUCUAGAACUAGACUCAAACUUGGUCCCCGCCCGGUUGGCACGACUAGCGCAGAGUGGUUCUUUCCCCCAGUCUUGGUUUCCCCUGGAAUCAUACAUUAACUCUAUGACCUAUAACCAAACUAGGCGCAAGCUCGGUUGUAUUUCCGCCACGGCGUCGAUUUCCAGAGCACUUUGAUCUACAUUAUUUGCAACCAUUGUCCGCCUCGUUUCUCUCGCGCCUUCUUUUACGAAGCAACAUUGUGCAACUCAUUUUGCUACGUUUGCAUUGAGCCUUUUUUUUUUGUUUCUUAUUCACUUUUUUGUUCACAACAUUAUGUACUGUUGAUACGGUGGAUUACAUCUUCCUUUUGUAUUCAAAUCCCAAUAUGGGCAUCGCCAACCAAACCGUCGCCAGUCCAAUGGCAGAAAAGACCGAAAAGUCUCCUGUCGUAGUCGCUGUACAUGCCAGCGACCCUGAAGAUAAACCAAAAACAACAUUUUCCGAUUUCAAAGCAUCCAACCCAUUCUUCGACCUUCCCCCGUCUCAGCCCGCAACGCCCAACGAGUGCGAAGGUCUACGCUCCGGCACACUAACAGGGCUGUCGUCGCCGACAAAUCUACUUGGCUUCUCCCCAACAAGGCACAUCCAAAGCAGCUGGAGGAUAAGAGGGCAAAAAUCCAAGCCGAUGGAGGAGGAUCCGCUAAUGAAAAGUGAAUACUUUGACGACCAGAGGUCCGAUACGCUAUGGGUUGAGGAGGAGGUGACCAUUUCGGAUGCACCACGGCGACGAAGGGCUCGCAAGUGGGCUAUAUGUGGAAUAGUUUGCUGUAUUACAUUGCUGAGCAUUUUGUCGGUUGUCAACGGUCUGUUAUUUUUCUCACGACGGGCCUUGGAUCACGAAGAUGAUCCGGAUGCGAUAUUCGCCGACUGGGGAAGGGUGGGGAGCGGCACUGAGGAGCGAGCCUGGUACCCGACCGACUUCCUGCGCGAUGUACAGCCCAUCUCAUGCCACUCGCAUAACGACUACUGGCGCAAGGUGCCGCUCUUCUCGGCGCUGCACGCGGGGUGCACUGGGGUCGAGGCCGACGUGUGGCUUUUCCAGGACCGCGGCAGCGACCUGUUCGUCGGGCACGACACGGCCGCCCUGCAGUCCAACCGGACGUUUAGAUCGCUCUACGUCGACCCGAUAGUCAAGAUCCUGGAGCACCAAAACCCAUCGCACCAGUUCUACAACGGCUCGCGCCGUGGCGUGUUCGACGUCGACCCUUCUCAGACCCUGACGCUGCUGGUGGAUGUCAAGACGAGUGGGGCAGACACGUGGAAGGAGGUGGUAAGGCAGCUCGAGCCGCUUAGGACUAGGGGUUGGUUGAGCGAGUUCAAGGACGGCAAGGUGACGUACGGGCCGGUGACGGUGGUGGGGACGGGCAAUACGCCAUUCGACUUGGUGACUGCCGACGCGACGCAGCGGGACUACUUCUACGAUGCGCCGCUAGACCGGCUGGAGGGGGGCAAGUACGACUCGACGAACUCGUACUACGCAAGUGUGCCGUUCAAGAACUCGAUCGGCAACGUGUGGUUCGGCGGGCUGGGCGACUCGCAGUUGCGCAAGAUUCGGGAGCAGGUCAAGUCGGCACACGACAGGGGGCUCAAAGUCAGGUACUGGGACAUUCCUGCAUGGCCGAUCCACGUCAGAAACAGCAUCUGGGACAGCCUUGUCAAGGAGGGUGUUGACAUGCUCAACGUGGAUGACCUCAGGGCGGCGACGAGGAGGAACUGGACCAAGUUAAUGUGGUUAUUUUGAAUCUAGCAUCGUUUUUAUAUUUUUCUUUUCUUUUGUUAAUAAUGCAGCAUUUGAGUUUUCGUGCAGCUGGAGUUUUCUGGGAGAUUUGAAGAAUUAGACCUAGAACUAGAGGUUAAUUGAGCCCCUGGUUCACAUCAUCUGCGGAAGUUUUUGCGUUGAUCCUUUGCGAUGGAGCGUUUCUUUUACAAGUUCACCGAUCGGUUACAGCGUUUCAGGAUAUGCGAGACAUUGUCGAUAAGUGGUAGGUAAGAUGGGGGUUUAAUGAUGUACAUGAAUGAACCUUAGAAUGUGCCGUAUUAAACAUCUCUUGGCCCGAUCUUGGCUUUUUUGGGAGGCGCGGUC